GACUUGGCCGGCGACGCGCGGCUGGCGGCCGACGCGACGCGACGCGCCAGCGGCAGAGCCAGUGGUUCGGCGGCGCAUCUGGCGUGCGGGACACCCAGCGGCAGUCGUCGGCGGCAGGCGCGCGCAGCAGGUAGCCGGCGGCCGUGCGUCGCGAAUAGGUCGCGCCGCGGCAAUCGGCAGGCCGACUGCUCUCCACGUACCUGAGAGACACUCCGCCACGGUACAGGUGUCGCUGGAAGGUUGUUGGGAGCGAAGAUAAAACACCUCACCAGCACGAAGGAACUGCUGCAUCUUCUUCGAUGAUCUGACUGGAACAUCGUUCUAAGACGAUAUGAAAGCCGUCAGUGAUUCAGGACAAUGGCAGUGAGAAGUCGCUAAGCUGGCAGAAUCUAUUUGACAAAUUGGUUAUGACACUAAAUUAAAAUUGAGUUUGUCACAAAUAUUCGAGGUUAAACAGUCUUCUUUUUCACUUGAACUGCUUGUGCCCCCCCUACUGCAUCACCACUCCCUCAGCUCGUCUGCAGAGUGAUUUGGGAAUGGAGAAAAACUGCUAACAAUCAUUACAGUUACUCAACAUAUCGAGAAACUAUCUUUCCCGAUAGCCAGAAUUCAGGAAGCGAUUAUUGCAAGUAAAGGCUCGAACCAAAUAAACAGAGAUAGCAUCAUUGAUUACACAAAGAUUCUUUGCACUUUCCUGAGACACAGAAAAAUAGAACAAUUACCUCUUUGUAGAAGCACAAAGAGGUUCAAGAGCACUUUGAAAUUACCUCACGGCCAUGUAGUGGAGUACUUAAUCGGAGUUCCCCGUGAACAAGAAUGAUGUAGAUGAAGUAAAAUAAUACUAUGUUAAAUUUGUAGCUUCUCGUACGAGACAUACAUUAAUUUGGUUGUAGCUGUUCCAGCUUUCUCGAUCUGACAUCAGCAUCCACAAGAAACUGUAACGUAAUAAAAUGAAACAGGGCAUAAUUAUAUCCACAUCUUAGACUUGCCGACAAAUUGUAUAAUUCUAAACCAUGCUGUGAUACAUCGUACUGAAUGCAGUGCACCAUAAAAUGUGAGAGCAGUUCCAAGUAUCCGUGUGGUCUGUCAGUGAUCGUAGCUGGCACUGGACGGUUCCUCACAGUGCAGUCGGACCUGUGAGGCAGCUCGAGGUCACUAUGGGGAGCUUCCAGGACGCCCUGGCACCUGCAGAAGACGCGGCCAACACAUCGUGCGAUGGCGUCGACGGAGACGGGACGGCGUUUAUCGGCCACGUCAUCAGAGUCGACGAACUGCACAACUACCUGUUGGAUGACCGCUACCACAACGUGUCGUCCCAGAUAUUUAACUUCACCAUCGACCAGAUGAUGGACGUGCUGCGUCAGUCACGGGAGGCGCGCAACGUGGGCCCCGGCGCGGAGGCUGCGCUCAUCGCCGCCUACUGCUUGCUGGCGGCUCUGGGGCUGGCCGCCAACGGCGCCGUCGCCUUUGUGGUGGCGCGGCGCGCCGCCAUGCGCACGCCCCGGAACCUCUACAUCGCCAACCUCACCGCCUCAGACUUCUCGCUGUGCCUCGUCUGCAUGCCCUUCACUCUGGUCUCCAUACUCAGGCGAGAGUGGACGAUGGGCGCGCUGCUGUGCAAGCUGGUGCCGGCGCUGCAGGGCGCCAACAUCAUGGUCUCGGUGGGCACCAUCACGGUGAUCGCGCUGGACCGCUACUUCACCAUCGUGAGGCACUCCGCCGCCCACCCCACAGACAGCAGGCCGCGGGUCAUCCUCUCCAUCGUGCUCACCUGGCUGCUCGCCGUCGUCGCCAUCACGCCCAUCCUCUUCUUCCAGGUGGUGGAGCGCGUGACGCUGCCGCUGGUGGGCGGCCCCGGGCCGCAGCUGCAGCUGGUGCUGUACGAGGCGUGCAUCGAGCGCUGGCCGUCGCGGCGUCUGCAGCUGGCGUACGCGGCGGGGCUGCUGCUGCUGCAGGCCGUGCUGCCUGCCGCCGUGCUCGCCACGGUGCACGCGCGCAUCGCCCGCUACCUGCACGCGCACGCCAACACCGCCGCCGACUCCCGCCGCGCGCGCCGCGAGCUGCGCAGGAACCGCCGCACCACGCUGCUGCUCUCUGGGGUCGCCGUACUCUUCGUCGUCUCCUGGCUGCCUCAAGGGCUGUACCAAAUUGUAAUGGACCUGGGGUUUCCCGAGGCCACAACGGAAGCGCAGUACCUCGCCCUGGCGGCCUGCCACAUCACAGCCAUGACGUCAGCCGUCAGCAACCCUAUCGUCUACGGCUGGCUGAACUCCAACAUCCGACACGAGUUCAUGCAACUGCUCCCUUCGAGAUGCAAAAGGGUGCUGGCGCGGCCCACGUCUUGCGCCGAAACGGGUACGGGGAUGGGCGGCGGCGGCGGCUUGGAAGACGGCACGACCCGUACGCAGCUUGCGGUGCCCACCGCCAACAGCAGCACCGUCGCGGCCGCCGCCAGCCUUCAGGGGGCCCUGCUGCCCCUCCAGCACCGCAACGGCGCAGCCAGUUUUCUACGGCCCACCGCCAAAGAGGCCUCAGUGACUGCACUCUAAUGUGAACAGCACGAAGACCGAAAAUCUGCUCUGCUGACGCCGUCCUCUUCAACUUUCGCCUUCGUUGUUGAGCACGUGAUGCUGAACUGGCUAGUUGGCAGCUGCGAGAAGUGUGUGCGAGAAAACAUACCCUUGCUGUAUGUGAAUGAACUCUUUCGGUAUAGAAAUGCAAUGGAUGAUUGCGUGAGUUGUAUAGAGGAGCUGCUUUAGCGAAGCCAGGAAGACUGCUUUGCUGACUAGUAUGUGCCACGUUUUUCGUGGCAUUGUGUCGUUCUUAACUCCUUGUCAUGGGAUACUACUUUGAUUUGACUCGUUAAAACACCAAAGUCAGUACUUUCACAAACCCGAGUAUGACUUGCAGUCGGAUACAUAAUUUCUUGAAGCUGAUAACAGAUCAUACUCCACUUGAAUAUGACCUAUUAUGUCAUAAAUGCAUUGAUCGUUUUUAAUUCCUUACAAGUCACAGUCCAGAAAACUAUGCAGAAAUUUGUGAAACACUAACCUGAUCGACAAGGAACUCCUACUAUCUUCAAUUGAUACACCUAUAAUACUGCUACAGACUUAAAAAUAGAUGAACUUUUCUGCAUUUUACCUCUUCUUUUUACUAUCACAAUUAUUUCUAACAGAAGCACAAGCAUCCUCAUUUUGCCACACAUCCAGUUUACUCAGUGAUUAUUUACCAUACCAUCUUGUUCAUGUCUUAAAUUCCCUACAUCAUGUCGUUAAUUCUCGCGACAUCCGUGAAUUCCAAGUUAGUCAUUUCUUUUUCUCACAUGUCUCACCGUACGACGAGGCUUAGGUGUGUUCUACCAAACACCGCCUAUAAACACAAGAAAGUAUUAACCAUUACUACUAGUCUGUAGCUUCUCCGUAAACAAGACGAUAAAACAUACAUAAACCGAAUCAAAAUUUGAAAAUACCAUACCGAAGAUCUUGGACGUAACUAUACGUGCAGAACCGCAUAUCAAAAUCUCUGAAAGUAUAUAAAACAAUUCCACGUGAAACCACAAAAUCUCCUCAGACCUGUGGUUAUCUGAAAUUGUUUUUUACAGUAAAUGUUUUCCUCGCUUUCUUUUUUUCCCAGCUGCCUCUGCAAAAGUAUAUUCAUUGAUAUGAUGGCAAACUGUGUGUAAUAAUUUUUAGUUAUGAGUUGAUGUGAUUUACUUAUGUGAGAUACCUUGACUGUUGCCACUUUGCUUUCUAAUUCUGCUUAAAGACUGUUUUUAUGGACAUACAAGACGGACAGGAAGCUGUCGUGCUGCUGGCUCGGUUCAAGGGCUUGCUGUGUUUGCUGUUAAAAGAUAAGACUCCUCUGGCCCAGUGCUGAAGUAAGAGGCAAGAGUAGAUGUGGGGCUGCAGAGAGAGAGAGAGAGAGAGAGAGAGAGAGAGAGAGAGAGGAGAGAGAGAGACGCCAGCUGGUGUCCCCGGCGCUAUGAGCCCACGUCAGGGACGCCAGUGCGCUAAUCUCUGCCAGGACAGGGGAGGAGUAUUUGCUGCUAAAUAAACAUCUCUUUCAGUGUAUCUUACGGUGUAAAUAAAAUAUAACUGUUACCCAGUA